AUGAGUCUGGUCCGCCUGUCACCGCAGGUGCAGCGCAUUCAGGCUAAUUCGCCGUAUAUUGAUAUUUACACCAACGCUCCAGUGAGCCCGCUCCGAUCUCGACCGUCAGAGCAACAUGCGGCCCUCACAGUUCCUCAUGCCCACCCCGAACCAAAGAGAUGGGAGAACCCCACUGGCUGGGGCGCGAGACACAUAAACGACAAAGCCCCUUUUAAUCUAUGGGAUAAGCAGAACCGAAAAUUUCGCUCGCCAGAUAGAAACGAGCUGCAGUGGCUUCGCAACAAGUUUGGAGACGGCGCGCUUGGAAGAACAGGGUGGUACAUGUGGAUUGAGACAGCCAACCCGCCACAGCCAGUACCUCUCACGGUUGGAUGUAUGCCUGUUAUGUUUAUCGGUAUUGGAGAAGAGCGCUGGGAGCCUAUCCCACAGUCUCCUUAUCCCAAUCCUCGAGUUCCAGAUCCCUGCCCUGCUGUUCACUGGCCAAGGAUGACCUUUCCCACCAAGGAGCAAAGUGUUUCCCUUCUUACAGCAUUGAAGCCUAUAGCAAAUGUGCGCGCAAUCUUUUAUAUGCCACAUUGGACAAUUGUGGAGCUUGAGUAUGGCGAUGGUCGUGCUUAUGAGUCCAAGUCACUUCCCGGCACCGUGGCAGGACGGACAACACUAUACCACCAUGCCGAAACCCCGUUCUAUAAGUCAAUGAGGAAUAUGACACGUGCGCGCCGCGUUGACCCUGAGCAACACUCCAUGACGAGUUUUGGACAAAUGCCGCAGGACAGUCAAAAUUAUAUCCGGCAAUCGUCGCACCUUAGUCCAGGAUGCAGACUCGAGUGUGGCCAUGGUAUACCAGGUUCCCAGAAUGAGGGUAUGAAUGCCGCAACAUCUGCAGGAGUCAAACUUUGGAGAUUUGAUGGAGAAGAGGUGCUCACUAUCUCUCAUCAUCACGGGUUCUUGAUUUCCAACGAAGUGUAUCAUCCUUUUGUGGACGAAGACAAAAUUGGCGAUAUUAUUGAUACUAGACCAGAGCUUGAUAUAGCUUUGGUCAAACUUAUGCCUAAUGCCUCUGCAAAGUUUACCAAUACCUGCUAUUUUCAAGCUGAGACACCGCGGAUGCUUUUAGAGGGCUUCCAGAUUGAACAGGGGUCUUGGUCUGAGGUGGACGGUAUGAGCUCAGGACUUGUCAACCUUUUGACAUAUGGAAAAUGUUAUUUGAGACCAAAACGCCCAGCCGGGCAUCCCGAAAUCGAGUCUCGACAAUGGCAAGCACGUUCGGUUAAUGCAAUUUUUGGGGCCGUUAACAACACUAUAUGCAAAGGAAUGUACGGAGCACCAAUCGUCCAAUGCGAGACGGGUGGAGUAGGAGGAUUUUUUCAUCUCUCUAAUGGGUUGAACUGCCUUACUGCCCAUUUAGAUGAUUUAGUGGCUGAGGGUUGGAAGCUUGCUUAG